AUGGCUUCCGUCGCCCGUCUUAGCAACUCUGCCCUCCGGGCCUCUCUUCGAAACCCUGCCUUCGGUGGCCGGGUUUCUGCCUUCAAUGCCGCUCGAUGCUAUUCCGCUAAGGCACAGACCCUGAAAGAGCGUUUCGCCGAGACUCUCCCUGAGAAGAUCGAGCAGAUCAAGGCUCUGCGAAAAGAGCAUGGCUCCAAGGUCGUCGACAAGGUGACCCUCGACCAGGUCUACGGUGGUGCCCGUGGUAUCAAGGCCCUCGUCUGGGAGGGUUCCGUCCUCGACUCUGAGGAGGGUAUCCGUUUCCGUGGAAAGACGAUCCCCGAGUGCCAGGAGCUGCUCCCCAAGGCCCCUGGUGGCAAGGAGCCCCUUCCCGAGGGUCUCUUCUGGCUUCUCCUGACCGGUGAGGUCCCUACCGAGCAGCAGGUCCGCGACCUCUCAGCCGAGUGGGCCGCUCGUUCCGACAUCCCCAAGUUUGUCGAGGAGCUCAUCGACCACUGCCCUACCGAUCUCCACCCCAUGGCCCAGUUCUCUCUGGCCGUCACCGCUCUCGAGCACACCUCCUCCUUCGCCAAGGCCUACGCCAAGGGUAUCAACAAGAAGGAGUACUGGAGCUACACCUACGAGGAUUCCAUGGACCUCAUUGCCAAGCUCCCCAACAUUGCUUCCCGCAUCUACCAGAAUGUUUUCAAGGGCGGCAAGGUUGCUCCCAUCCAGAAGGACAAGGAUUACUCCUUCAACUUCGCCAACCAGCUCGGCUUCGGUGACAACGCUGAUUUCGUUGAGCUGAUGCGUCUGUACCUGACCAUCCACACCGACCACGAGGGUGGCAACGUUUCUGCCCACACUACCCACCUUGUUGGUAGUGCCCUGAGCUCCCCCUUCCUCUCCCUGGCCGCUGGUCUCAACGGUCUGGCUGGUCCCCUCCACGGUCUUGCCAACCAGGAGGUCCUGAACUGGCUCACCGAGAUGAAGAAGGCUGUUGGUGAUGACCUUAGUGACAAGGCUAUCACCGAUUACCUGUGGUCCACCCUCAACGCUGGCCGUGUCGUUCCUGGCUACGGUCACGCCGUUCUCCGCAAGACUGACCCCCGUUACUCCGCCCAGCGCGAGUUUGCUCAGAAGCACCUUCCCGAGGACCCCAUGUUCAAGCUCGUCAGCCAGGUCUACAAGAUUGCUCCUGGUGUCCUGACUGAGCACGGCAAGACCAAGAACCCCUUCCCCAACGUCGAUGCCCACUCCGGUGUUCUCCUCCAGCACUACGGUCUCACUGAGGCUAACUACUACACCGUCCUCUUCGGUGUUUCCCGCGCCAUUGGUGUCCUGCCCCAGCUCAUCAUCGACCGCGCCUUCGGUGCCCCCAUUGAGCGCCCCAAGUCUUUCUCCACCGAGAAGUGGAUCGAGAUUGUCAAGAAGCUGUAA